AUGAUUGCAGCAUUUACAGAUUUAGACCUUACACCUUUAUUUCAGAAUCUAUUGAUUUUGAAGAGAAUCCAUAUACUUAGACAGCACUAGUAAACUGAUUAAGUUAUGCUUUUGGCCAAUAUACUUGAAUUAAAAUCUCCAAUUUAUAUUAGAUAUUCAUAUGGCACAGUUAGAACAUCUAUGGAUGAGUCAACUGCUAAAUACAAUAGACAUGCAUUGAUUGAAUUUUUUGUAAAAUUUCCAAAUUUCCAAAAUUAAAAAUUCUAUAAUAAUGGUGAAUCUAACGCUGACAUCUAUGUGCCAAUAUUGACUCAAGGAAUUGUAAAAUAUAAUGAAUACCAGUUAAUCCUGAAGUUUUAAGAAUUAACACUUAAAGUAUAAUAAUUGGAAAUGGUUGCACUUAUCCAAGUGAGUGUACUUUAUUAGGAUAUCUUUUUCAAAGACAUAGAUUAGACUUUUAUGGAAGACAUGGCUUCGUUAGUGAAGAAACCUAUUAAAAAAUCUUUGAUCAAUUUUACUGAACUACAACCCCAUAAUGUCAAGCUUUAUCAAAAGAGGUUUUAGCUUAAAUACUCGGCCUUAAUAUUCCUACAACUUAAACUUAUAUAAUGUUUAUUCCAAAUGUGUGUCUUACACUCCUGA